AUGGGAUCGGCGGGCGAACUGGGCCCCGUCAAAGAGUCUUGCUAUCCACGCUGUACACCUGUCGGAAUCGAUGCUCCCGAUCCACAAUGGCGCUUCUGCAGCAAGCUUUUCAAAGAGGCUACCUUGCGCUUGGCAACAUGCGAGAUUGUCGCAAAUACCUGUGCCCGGAGCUACGGCAAGACAGUGCGAAACCACGACUGCACCGACUACUCGGUCAAGAGCUGCGACGCGACGCGACAAUACGUGCUCUUGUGCACUCCCUGUGCAUCCUCUCUGCAUCUUGCUCGCGACAGACUCGCGAGCGAAUCCAUCCUGGGCUACCCCGUCGCAACUCGCUAUUUCUGUCCGUGGUUCUUACCGUGCCAGCUCGAGUGCACCGUAGAGCGUGAUUUGCCUCUUCCUGCUUUCCAGUUUCGAACCUCCAAGGCGGACGUCAAGACGUACAUGAACCUCGAGCCCGACUUCAGAGCUGAUCUCGUGAAUUGUGGAGACGACAUUCACUGUGAGGCCCAGCCCGGGCCUGACUUCUCCCAAGACAAAAGGCAGUGGACCAUCUCGGCAAGGAUCAAGCAGAAUUUCGCAUCUGCCAGUGGCGUUGCGACCACUGCUCUCAUGCAACACUGCUGCUCCCUCGCACGCACACUCGAAUUCCAGACAUCUCUCUUCAGAUCUGCUGAUCUAGUCUUGGUCGAUACGAGGUAUCAUCUGCAUUGUUGGCCCUAUGGCUGGGGAGCGCCCGACCCUCAGCCGGAGUUUUGCAGGAAGCAUUUCACCGAGUUCAAGAUGCAGAGCAUAAAGUGUGAAGCACUCUUGAAUACCUGUGGCCAACGGCGCGGUACUACAAAGCCGAACCAUGUAUGCGACUUCAGCGAGAAGCCUGCUCCACCUGCUGUCGCGGCGGCAUAG